GCGCAAUAUGUACAUCAGUUAUAUCCCUCUAUUCUCCACCUGGGCUACGAGUGAAUUGAACCAACGUUCUAAGACGCGGGCCCUCUGUUCCCGGCGCCAGACUCAUCCCUUUCCCAUCUGCAAGUGACAGAUUAGUACGCAGAGAUCAUAAUAGUUCAGUUGGAUCACGUCCUGGGAGCCCUAGCAUGUCGGCUCUUCGGUUCUCCAGUGGUGCUGACCGGGGUUCGGAGCCUCGGGCACCUCCUGACAGCGCAAGCAUCGGCACGCAACAUGCACCUACAGAUAUCGAAUCAUCAGUUCCGGUUACUUUAUCUGCGUCAGCGGAAUCGGCACAUCGUUGGAUUGAUGACGAUCGGAAGAAAACCAUCAUCGGCGCCAUCAAACUCAUCCUUGAAACUGCAGUCGCUAAUCUCAAGUUUUCUUCCAUCGCAAAUCUCGAUCAGAUCCCAAGUAUGAUUCUGAGAUGGAUUCAAAUUUAUGAGAAUAUCAGCAGCAACGCCGAGGAUCUCAACUGGCUGUAUGAGGUGAUUCAGAAAACACACGACUCGGUGCUUGAGCCUCUCCGGAAGUGGACUGAAGAAGUCCCACCUGAGAUUAGGAGCUUAGUGCAGGAAAUUUGCGUGGCAUUGCAAGAACAAGUGGAAGGCAUCGAAUUGGUCCAAAAAGAAAAAGGCCAGACAAAGCGACUUCAAGCAUCCGAUAUGACGCAGCAAAUAACCAAUAUGAAGAAUUGCCUGAAUGAUGCUACUCAUCGAUAUGAGGUCGGCAUACUCGAGAGUUUCUUAUGGUCGGAUUCUGACUCACCAUAGCUGAGAUCACUAACUUUAAUUCUGCUUCGUACCGAGCAUACAUCAGUUCAAUCCGAGAUAUCCAAACUCAAGCGAGCCCCAGCCGAGCAUAUUCAUGUAGAAAGCAAAUCAGAGU